CACUGCAGGAGGCCCUGGGGCAUUGUCAUUUCCCUCUUUCACCCUGUCUAGGUUGUCAGCAAAUCCCAAGGGCCCUCUGAGACUGAACCUGGGUCAGGCCCCUCCAGCUGUUUAAACAUGAACACCUGCAUCAUCGUAAUGAGGCUGCUGCUGUCUGGGCCUUUUCUCUUUGCCCCGGCCUCAAGCUACAACCUGGAAGUACGGCAUGUGCAAAACUUCUCCUUCCCACAAGCCGGGAGGCAUUUCGGGUAUCGUGUCCUGCAGGUGGGAGACAGGGUUGUUGUGGGAGCUCCAGGUGAGGGGAACAGCUCAGGAAACCUCUAUCAGUGCCAGCCAGGCACUGGACACUGCUCACCAGUCAGCCUGAGUGGUUCUAACUAUACCUCCAAGUACUUAGGAAUGACCUUGGCGACGGACCCCACAAGUGGAAGACUUUUGGCCUGUGACCCUGGGCUGUCUCGGACAUGUGACCAGAAUAUCUAUCUAAGUGGACUGUGUUACCUCUUCCACCAGAAUUUGAAGGGUCCUGUGCAUCAGGGGCACCCUGGUUAUCAGGAAUGUAUAAAGGGCAACGUAGACUUGGUAUUUCUGUUUGAUGGCUCAAUGAGCUUGCAGAAAGAUGAAUUUCAGAAAAUUGUGGACUUCAUGAAGGAUGUGAUGAGAAAACUGAGCAACUCUUCCUACCAGUUUGCUGCUGUUCAGUUUUCCACAGCCUACAAAACAGAAUUUAAUUUCCUGGAUUAUGUUAAGAUGAAGGACCCUGAUAUUCUGCUGGCCAAUGUAAACCACAUGCUCCUGUUGACCAAUACCUUUGGUGCUAUCAACUAUGUGGCGACAGAGGUGUUCCGGCAAGACCGGGGGGCCCGGCCAGAUGCCACCAAAGUGCUUAUCAUCAUCACUGAUGGGGAAGCCACUGACAGUGGCAACAUUGAGGUGGCCAAGGAUAUCAUCCGCUACAUCAUUGGGAUUGGAAAGCAUUUUAAGACCAAGGAAAAUCAGGAGACACUCCACAAAUUUGCCUCAAAACCCACGAAGGAGUUUGUAAAGAUUCUGGAUACUUUUGAGAAGCUUAAAGAUCUAUUCACUGAGCUGCAAAAGAAGAUCUAUGCCAUUGAGGGCACAAGCAAACAGGACCUGAUGUCCUUCAACAUGGAGCUGUCCUCCAGUGGGAUCAGUGCUGACCUCAGCAGGGGCCACAGUGUCGUGGGGGCGGUUGGAGCCAAGGACUGGGCUGGGGGCUUUCUAGACCUGAAGGCAGACCUGCAGGAUGAUAGAUUUGUUGGGAAUGAGCCACUGACACCGGAAGCGAGAGCUGGAUAUUUGGGUUACACAGUGACCUGGCUGCCCUCCCAAGGGUCCAUAUUGCUGCUGGCAGCUGGAGCCCCCCGAUAUCAGCAUGUGGGGCAGGUGCUGCUGUUCCAAGAGCCAAACCACAGAGGGCACUGGAGCCUGGUCCAGAAAAUAAAGGGAUCCCAGAUUGGCUCUUAUUUUGGUGGUGAGCUGUGUAGCAUUGACGUGGACCAAGAUGGGAAGACAGUGCUGCUGCUGAUUGGAGCCCCUCUGUUCUAUGGGGAGCAGAGAGGAGGCCGGGUGUUUAUCUACCAGAGAAAACAGCUGGGGUUUGAAGUGGUCUCAGAACUGCAGGGGGAUCCUGGCUACCCGCUUGGGAGAUUUGGAGCAGCUAUCACUGCCCUGGCUGACAUCAAUGGGGAUAGGCUGAUGGAUGUGGCUGUGGGAGCCCCUCUGGAGGAACAGGGGGCUGUGUACAUCUUCAAUGGGCAGCAUGGUGGUCUGAGCUCCCGGCCAAGUCAGAGGAUAGAAGGGACCCAGAUGUUCUCAGGAAUUCAAUGGUUUGGAUGCUCCAUCCACGGGGUGAAGGACCUCGGAGGGGAUGGCCUGGCAGAUGUGGCUGUGGGGGCUCAGGGUCAGGUGAUUGUACUGAGUUCCCGGCCUGUGGUAGAUGUCAUCACUCUGAUGUCCUUCUCCCCGGCCGAGAUCCCAGUGCAUGAAGUGGAGUGCUCCUAUUCAGCAAGUAACAAGAGGAAGGAAGGGGUUAACAUCACAGUCUGCUUCCAGAUCAAGCCUCUCACUCCCCAGUUCCAAGGGAGCCUGGCUGCCAACCUCACUUACACUCUGCAGCUGGAUGGCCAUCGGACCAGAAGCCGGGGGUUGUUCCCAGGAGGGAGACAUGAACUCAGUGGGAACACAGCUGUCACCCUAGCCAAGUCCUGCCUUGAGUACUGGUUCCAUUUCCCGAUGUGCAUCCAAGACCUCAUCUCUCCCAUCAGUGUUUCCCUAAAUUUCUCUCUCUUGGAGGAAGGAGGGACACCGAGGGACCACAGGAUGGGUAAGGACAUGCAGCCCAUUCUGAGACCCUCACUGCAUUUGGAGACCAAGGAGAUCCCCUUUGAGAAGAACUGUGGAGAGGACAAGAAAUGUGAGGCCAGCCUGGAGCUCUCCUUCUCCCCUGUAAGAUCCACAGCCCUGCAUCUGACCCCUUCUGCCAGCCUCUCCGUGGAGCUGAUACUGAGUAACUUGGGGGAAGAUGCCUACGGGGUUCAUCUCCAACUCAGCUUCCCAUGGGGUCUCUCCUUCCGCAAAGUGGAGAUGCUCAAGCCCCACAGCCAGAUACCUGUGAGCUGCGAGGAGCUUCCUGAGGUGUCUAGGCUGCUGACCAGGACCCUUUCUUGCAAUGUGAGCUCCCCCAUCUUCAAAGCAGGCAGCUUGGUUGUUAUUCAGGUGAUGUUCCAUACAGUGCUGAACAGCUCCUGGGGGGACUUCGUCCAGCUGCAUGCCAAAGUGAGCUGUGACAAUGAGGACUCGGGCCUCCUGGAGGACAACUUGGCCAUCACCAGCAUCCCAGUCCUGUACCCCAUCAACAUCCUCACCAAAGACCAGGAAAACUCCACACUCUAUAUCAGUUUCACCCCCAAGGGUCCCAAGGUCCAGCAUGUCAAGCACAUCUACCAGGUGAGGAUUCAGCCUUCUGUAUAUGACCACAAUGUGCCCACCCUGGAUGCCCUGGUUUGGGUACCACAGCCUCACAGAGAGGGGCCCAUCACGCACCAGUGGAGUGUGCAGACGGAGCCUCCUGUCCACUGCAACUCUUGGGAUCUGAAGAGGCCAGCCAGUAUGACUGAGCCUUGUUCGCCUGGGGCCAAGUUCCACUGCCCUGUUGCCAUCAAGGAGAUCCUCUUCCAAGUGACGGGGACUGUGGAGCUGGUGCAGGAGAUUGAGGCCUCCUCCAUGCUCAGCCUCUGCAGCUCUGUCUUCAUCUCCUUCAACAGCAGCAAGCAUUUCCACCUCUAUGGCAGCAAUGCUUCCCUGGCUCAGGUCAUCAUGAAGGUGGACAUCGUGUAUGAGAAGGAGAUGCUCUACCUCUACGUGCUGAGCAGCAUCGGCGGGCUGUUGCUGCUGAUGUUGAUUUUUGUGGUACUUUACAAGGUUGGCUUCUUCAAACGGAACCUGAAGAAGAAAAUGGAGGCUACUGUAGAUGCCUCAAAUGAAAUCCCUAGAGAAGACUCUGGGCCUCCUGAAUCUGGGGAAGAGGCCAUGGAUCUGGGCUGCCUGGAGCCCCUCCACAGGGACGAGGCCCAGGAUGAAGGUGGAGAAGACUGAGUCCUGGGCCUGAUGUAGGUGCUCAGGACUGGAUUGGGAUGCCUGGUGCCAGCUGCCUCUACUCUGUGUCUUUGGGCAAGUCACCACCCCUUCCUAAGCCUCAGUUUCCCUAUCUUGAACACGGAGUUCUUGCCUGUCUCCUUUGUAGGCUCACAGGGUAUCUCCACUGAGGGGUGGGCUAGGAAGGUGAUAAAGGUGAAGCCUUGUAAUGAUCAGACGGCCUUGGCUUCCCCCAGCCCUUCUUAGUUUCCUUCUCUGGGAGAGAAUGUCUGAUUCCAAUUUGGAGGAACUGUGGUCUCAAGACCUAGUGGCACUCCUGGCCCACACACUCACCUGCCCUUGGAUGUCCACAGAGGCCUAGGACUCCUGGAGCUUUGCCCCACACCCUCGCCUGCCUGGCAUCCAGUCAUCUUUCCACUCUGCCACCGGACAACAAAUCUAUGUCACUACAUGGCUGCUAAAAACCCCUUGCUCUUUGGCUAAAGACCAAAUCCCUCAUAUGCCUUCCACAAUCUGCAAAAUAACCUUAACAUGUCAAUGCAAAAUUGGGCCCCUGUUGCCUCCCUGGCCUCCUCUAGAGAAGUCCCACCUCCCUUUCUAAGCUCCAGUUACACCAGCCUUUCUCACUUGCCAAACUCCUUCCUUUCUCUCUGCCUUCACCCAGACUUCUCUGUCUGUCUGAAACAUUCUUCCCCUUCCUUUUUCUGGCUUAGCCUAAAAAUAUCAGCUCACACACAACUUCCUCAGGGCAGCCCCCAGCCCCGACUCUGGUGGGCUCCAUUAUACAUACACGUCUGCACUUGCUCUCAUAGCAUGGAUCAUAUUUGUUUACUUUUAAUAUUUACUUAAUAUCUGUCUCUCAGAUUAAACUGAACUCCAUGAAGGUAGGAACCUUACCUGUCUUAUUCACCUUGGGAUCCCUGGUGAUAUCACAGAGCCAGACACAGAGCAGGUGCCUGACACAAUUUCACUGAAUUAGUGGGGGGUGCCUGUGGGAAGAUACAGAAAAGAGUUUGGGUGGGCCCAUGGCACCCCAUCCUCAAAGGUCAACUACCUCUGGCUCCACAGCCCCCACCUGGACCCCAUCACGCCCACUAUGAGACUGUGAGCUCAAGGGUGUCCAUUCACGUGGCUUCCAGUACCAAGUUCAGUACCUGCAUAUAUUUACCCAAUAAAUAUGAAACUCUGUCCAAUUUUGUAAUGGUUUAUCCCACCAUGGUUUAAUUAAAUGAACAUUUCCUUUUCAACCCUUUGUUAAGUGGAACCAAAACAGCUUUUCUUUUUCUUUUCUUCCUUUUCUUUUUGCCAUCAUGUCCCUCAGAGGCUGACCUGCCCCCAACACUGUAGGUUAAUUUGAAAGAGAAGGAGGGAGAGAGACACAGAAAAGGAGAAAAGGUUAGGGAGGCCUUCUUGACAAUUCAUUAAGAUGUGAGAAUAGACUUUCCCUGUCCUCUUGUUUUUAAAGCCAUGUUUGGAGGCGCCUGACCCUGAGCCCUCCCGUUUAGACAGGACGGAGCAGGAGGGUGAGGGGGGGCUACUUGCUGCUGCCCUCUUGUGGUCAAUAAGAACCCCCGGAGAAUAUUGCGUAAAUAAAGCCAACUCUGGGUUAGGCACUGGGAAGUGAAAAGCAGCAACAUUUGGUCCCCUAAGCAAUGACCUUUGAUGGCUCUCUUCUGCCUCCAAGGGAGUAAGUGAAACACUCCCAGCACAUAACGCCCAGAACACUCCUUCAGUGCCUGCCAGCCUCUUCAACCUUAUCAACUGUGUUCUGAUCCAGCUGCCAAGAAAACAUGGGGCUGGCUCAUAAGCAAGGCAUCAGGAAGAAGAAGUGAGGCCCAUUUUCCCAGAGAAGGGAAAAGAUGUUUAAACUGUUAGGAAUAUCACAGAACUGCUAAAAGUACAGAUUAUCUGUAGGUCUCAUGAAGCAUAAAUCAGGUUCUAUUUCUUUAGUGCUUUGCAUCAGGCCCUGUUCUGUUCUCUGAGGACAUGGUGAUAACUGACAGACAAGUGCCUGCCCUCAGGAAGCUUCACUCCAGUGGGAAAACAGAGUAAAAAAGUAGAAAUGUUAUUUUAGUUAGUGAUAGGGCCAUGAAGACAAUACAGGUUAGAGGGUGAUGGAGAGGGACCUUUUACAUAGCCAGCCAGGAAAGCCUCUCUAAGGAGAUGAUACUCUGACAUAAAAAUAGAAAAGUGAAUAUUUUCAUCAAGGUUGGAAGCAAAAAGUAUAGAAAAUCUGGAAGGUUCACUUCAGGAACAGAUGUGCCAUCAUCAUGCCCAAGAAUCUUAAUCUACUUACUUCCCAGCACCAGUCCUUAGCUAUCUACAUGUCCUUUCCUGCCUCUGUACCUUUGCACAUGCUGUUCCCCUUGCCAGCCUGUCCAGUUCCACCUCUUUUCUAUCCUUUAAAAUCUUUCUACCUCAAAUAAUUUUUUUAGAAAGUGUGCUUUAAUUAAAUACACAUCAUACAAGUGAUGCUGGCAAGGUUGAAAAGUUAAUUCUAAGUUGAUAACUAUAAAAACUAGUUUGUGCAUGACAACAUGAUGAGAGAAAAGGCAAUCCCUUUGAAAUAAAAUUUAAAAGUUAAAAUCUAUGUUCACAGUGGUUUGUAUCAACAGCAUGCAUUUUAUGACAAUAACAUGUACAGAUUGAUCACCCUAGGGCUCUUUUUAUAUCCUAAAGAAUACGAGCAUUUACAUUAUUCAUGGGUUGAGCUGAAUUUAAAAAGAUCGAUUGUACACUUACCCCUUAGACAGCAUAAACUGUCCCUGGGUGUACAGCUUUAACGCCAUCAUUAAAGUUGUUUGCAAAGGGAAUAGAGAAUUAAAAAACAAAACAUUUUUUUCUUGGGAGUAGAGAGUCUUUCAUUUGCUGUUAUAACCAGCAAAUACCAUUCAUCCAGUCAAAAAUGGAAAGGGCCCCACAAACACACUAUUUGAGCAAGCUGACCAAUACACAUUACAGCUUUAAAAAUGAAGGUUAUAUACUAUAUGUUACAAGUCCCAACGAGGCAAUGUCAAAAUGACAUCUAUUUCUUUGCUUGCUUUGUGAUCAUACCCCUUAGAGGUGUUACAGGUCUCGUGGCAUUCAACUUCUUUUUCUCUGCAGGCUUUACAAUCUGAAAAGAAUAUAUGAGAGUUUCAUCCACACAAAUCAUGGCACCUGCAUUGUCAAACUCUCCACAAAAUUGGGUGCAGAAAACAGAGUGACCAACUGCCUUUUUUGCAAAAAAUUCGUAUCCAUCUUUAACCACCUGAUGCGCUCUACAUAAAGAUCCAAAUCAUGUUUAUGGAGAAAUUUUGCAACUACUUCUGCACCAAAUGUGAAGGACACUCCUCUGUCAUUUUCACCCCAGCCUAAGACAUCUUUAUUGGGGUCAGACCACAAAAGACCACAAAGAAGACCUUGAUCUGGUACAUCAGUUGGUCACAUAAUUUGCCAAAUCUGCUCCAUAGAUUGAAGAUCUGGUGAUAAACCUCCAUGACAGCAGAAUAUUUUCUCAUUUACGAUGGCUGCUAUCGGUAAACAGUUAAAGCAGUCUGUGAAAGUUUUCCAUAGUUCAAUGUUGUAUCUUCUUUUACAUUCAUCAUAAAAUCCAUAAAUUCUA